AUUUUAUCGGAUGUCCCAAAGGAACAUACGCACACGAUGGCCUUCCAAGAACUCUUUUCCAGUUAAACUCUCUCAACCCAAGCAGACAAAACAGCAAAACAACUAAACGGAAAAUGGCUGCCGCCGGCGCCAUUAACUCUAGCCUCCGAGCUUUUCUUUUCAAGACUACUACUCAAAGUCCUUUCGCUCCCUCUUUCUUUACAAAACUCUCACUACCCACUUGUCUUUUUCUCCCCAAUAACCACAAAUUUUCCCAUCGCCCCUUUUGCUAUUCGUCUACCCAAUUGACAUCCCAAGAAGACAAUCCACGACCCGAAAAAUGGCAAAAUCCGAAUAAUAAUACCCGACCCAAUGUUCUACAAAUUCUUGAAGAAAGAGGGUUACUGGAAUCAGUGACCAGCGACUAUCUUCGCUCCGUUUGCUCCGACUCGAACUUUGGUCCGUUGAAAGUGUAUUGCGGGUUUGACCCGACUGCGGAAAGCUUACACCUUGGGAACCUUUUGGGCAUAAUUGUUCUCUCUUGGUUUUUGCGUUGUGGGCAUAAUGCUGUUGCGCUAAUUGGUGGCGCUACGGGUCGGAUCGGUGACCCGUCCGGGAAGAGUUUGGAGCGACCCGAGCUUGAUUUAGUAACACUUGAGAAGAAUAUAUCUGGAAUUGGGGGGAUAAUUAAGAAGAUUUUGUUUGGUUCACCAGAUGUUUGUGAAAAUGCUGGAGAGGUGAAAAUUUUGAAUAAUUAUGAUUGGUGGAAGGAUGUAAAGUUUUUGGAUUUUCUGAGGAAUGUAGGGAGGUAUGCAAGAGUUGGGACUAUGAUGUCUAAGGAAAGUGUGAAGAAAAGGUUGGAGAAUGCGGAGCAAGGGAUGAGUUACGCUGAGUUUACAUAUCAGCUUUUACAAGGUUAUGAUUUUGUGCAUUUGUAUGAAAAAGAAGAUGUCAGUGUGCAAAUUGGUGGUAGUGAUCAAUGGGGUAAUAUUACUGCUGGUACUGAUCUUAUCCGUAGGCUUACCGGAAAAUCUUCCGAAAAUGGAACUGUUGUUGGCAGUGUUCCUGUUGUUUUUGGGCUUACUUUUCCUUUGCUUCUCAAGAGUGAUGGUACAAAGUUUGGAAAAUCAGAAGAUGGUGCAAUUUGGCUAGCCCCUUCACUUUUGUCGCCGUAUAAGUUCUAUCAAUAUUUCUUUACAGUCCCUGAUGAUGAUGUAGUGAGGUUUCUCAAGAUUCUUACUUUUCUGAACAUUGAAGAGAUUGCAGAGGUGGAGAGGGAUAUGGGAAAACCGGGAUAUGUUCCUAACACAGCUCAACGUAGGCUGGCUGAAGAGGUUACACGGUUUGUUCAUGGACAAGAGGGAUUGGAAGAGGCUCUUAAGGCUACAGAGGCAUUGAAGCCUGGAAAUGCUGAUACCAAAUUGGAUUGGAAAACGAUUGAGGGUAUUGCAGCUGAUGUUCCGUCUUGCUCCAUGAAUUAUGAUCAGGUGUUGAACAUACCGAUUUUGGAUCUUUAUGUUUCCAGUGGUUUGCUUGAGAGCAAAUCAGCUGCUCGACGAAUGCUUAAGCAAGGAGGGCUUUACUUGAACAAUGCCAAAGUUGAUGGUGAGAGUAAGAAGAUUGAGGCGGAUGACAUUGUCGAUGACAAAGUUAUCCUUUUAUCUGCUGGGAAAAAGAAUAAGAUGGUCGUAAGAAUAUCAUGACUUGCUUUGGUCUAAUAUUUGAUUGCAUUUUUAUUUGGAAUUUCAAAUUCAGCUUUCUGAGUUGACAACGCACAAAAUUUUACCUGGUAUGCAAAUGAUAGGAAGAGAGGAAAGCAGCCAAGGGUUGAAAGGAAGUAAAGCAGGAAGAUGUACAUUUUAAUAUUAAAAUUAUUUACCCGAUUAAAAGAAGAUGUUGAAAUUAUUUCCCUUCACUGUCGUAUUGGCAUUUUUUUUGUACUUCUCAGAACAAUAAUUGUCUAGGUGGGAGAACAAGAUGAGCUAUGCAAAUUUUAAGAACUACUUUGGAGUUUAUGGAUGUCUGAUAAAGUUGUAUCCACAAACUCCUGCUUGCAUUUUCUUUUUCUUUUUCUUCUUUCUCUUUUGACGAGCAUGAUGUCCCAUUGCAGGUAGAAGGACUCUUUAUUUAUGCUUAAACUAUAGGGACUUCUUCGGUCU